UCGUGUAUGUGUACAGCCCGGUCCGACGGUGCUUCGUGGGAUUGGGUGGGGGGAGUGACAGUGUCUGUGGACGCAGUCUCAGGAUUGGUAGAGUUCACCGCCAAACUUGUUGACUCAUAACGGAGCAGCGCGUCUCCAUCCAUCCAUCUAUCCGUCCUCCACCACGGCGCUGCGCUGUCCACGGUCAGUGGUGCUGAAACUCCCGCCUCCCAGACCACUCCCGCUGGAACCAUCGCAUCUCCAUUCGGUUUCCUCGCUCCCACCCGAGCUUCUCAAAGUUGCCUGCGCUCGUGCGACACUCCCCCACCCCCACCCCACCCCGAAGUAUCGUUUUACGCGUUUUCGUCCGCCGCCGCCGCCGCUCGCAUCCAAGAGCGCGCACCAAGACUUUCAACUUAACUCCGUUCACACAGAGGAGUCUCCGAGGCGCAGCCAUGGCUUUCAUGGUGAAACACGUGGUGGGAGGACAGCUGAAGAACCUGACCGGCGGACUGACGGAGGAGAAACCCGAGGCGGAGAAGUCAGAUGCCGCCGCGAAGGGAAUGACUGAAGAGGAAUUUGAACAAUAUCAGCAACAGUUAGAGGAGGAAAAACAAGAACGAGAAGCAAAUUUUGCCCAGAAGAAAGCUGAGAGAGCAACAGUGAGAACUCACUUCCGGGAAAAGUACAGAUUACCAAAGAACGAGCUGGACGAGACCCAGAUCCAGCAGGCGGGCGACGACGUCGAGCUGCCCACAGAGCUGGCCAAGAUGAUCGCUGAAGACAACCAGGAGGAGGCACACAAGCAGUCGGUGCUGGGACAGCUGUCCAACAUCCAGAACGUGGACAUCGACCAGCUGAAGGACAAAGCCCAGGCCACGCUGGAAGACCUGAAGAAGCAGACGGAAAACUGCAGUCUCAUGUAACCUCUCGGUCCCAGACGAUUUGAGUUUUACUUUGUGCAAGUAUUUUUUUUCAGAGGCAGAGCUGCUCUGGAGUUAGAAAUAGUCUUGUUGCUUCAAUGGGAUGUCAAUUGGCAGAGCCACAUAAUCACACUUGUCCUAUUUGUGCAAAGAUGGACACACUCCCUGUGGACAGGUAAAGACUGACAUUACAAAAUCUGGGACUAAUACUAAUAAAAGAAAGGAGAUCUUAACCAUAACCAUUUUAUCGUGUAAUCUGGGAGACUGUGCUUGUGUGGCUCCUCACCUUGACUCAAAAUGAGAUUAUUUCUGCAUCCAGAACAACUCCUCUUCUGAAUAUCAAAACGUUGUCCGGUGUUUGAAAUUGUUGUCCGAGCCUCAUGUGACCAGUGAUAACACAGUACUGUCCUGCAGCAGAGGUCUCAGGCAGCUUAUUUCACUGAUGCAUUGUGGGCACGUCACUGAAAUCAGUUGCCUGGCUGGAGUUAAAAAGCUGUGGCUCACAAUCAGGACGUUAUGUUGGAUGUAGGAACCUGGUGAGUAAAUGUACACUAUAAUAUAUUUGUGGGGUUGUUUACAUUUAACAUAUACAUUAAAUGCACAAAAUCCUGAACUGGGCAAUACGUAUUCAGAGCAACACAUGAGGCUAAUGUUUGUUGGAUGCAAGUUACUAAUUUAAGACGAAGGCAUUAAUCUUAGCUAUAAUCUUUUACCAAACGUAUCCUGUCAUUAUCCUGGCGUUCCUUGUCUCCCCCCGUUCUUCAGUGUGCCUCGGACGUCCGUGCAAGGUUGUCUUCUUUAUAGCUUCACGAUGUGUGAGCUACUCUGUACAAUAACAAGCCUUCUUGUUUGCUCCUCUGGGAUAUAACCGUUUUUUUUGUUUGUUUGUUUUUAAGCUGACAGAGGCAACAAACAACAGCUUGUAGACAAGUAUGUUUGAUGUCUUACGGUUUUGCUGCAUUUUACAAGCUGUGAGUAAAUACAGUAAAAAUAACCUGAAAUUGAAACUCAGUGUCAGCUACACGAGAAGGAAAAAAUCUGUUCCAUAACAAUAAGAGAAAUAAAUUCUGCUCGGACGAGACAGGUGUAAAUGCUUUGGAGGUCCUGUGCCAAAGGAAAUGGCAUAGAUUAUGUCAAAUUGUGUAAGUGAAAGGUGUGUGUGUGUGUGUGUGUGUGUGUGUCUAUAAAUCCACAGACAUUUAUGUUGUGUAAAUGUAAAUGUAUCUCCUGUUCCCCUGGUGUGUCAAGAGCAGGUCAUCCCCCUCAUGACGUCAUCAAAACAGUGUUGUUGUGUCCUUUGAUCCCCAUCCUCCAUCCUCCAUCCUUCAUCCUUCAUCCUCCAUCCUCCAUCCUUCAUCCUUCAUCCUCCAUCUCCCUGACCGCGGUCCCUGCGUCUCCGUCGUGCAGUUUUGUGCUGGUGGGUUUUCGUGUUUGUUUAGAUGAUGUGAUUGUGUCAUGUGUUGUCUUUGCAACAAACAAACAAACAAACAAACACAUAAGGGGUGCAGUUGACUGAGAGGGCUGCCUGCAGUCACUCUGGGCCUUUUAUUGCCAUCUUUCUCCUGCCGCUUCCUCGCUGAAUAAUAAAAGGCGACUAACGCUGGUAGAAAUCCUAGAUGUCGUGUCGCGUUCGCGUGCAUUUGUGUUGGAUUUUACGUGACAGUGGUGUGGAGGGUGACGUCAGCUUUUAUCCCAUGUCUGUCCCCAUUUUGACAGUAAUUAUUCACAAAUGUAAUUGUUAUUUUUUGAAUCCGUUUUGCCUGUUUUCUCGAGACCUGGUGGUAAUUUCCUUACUGUCGGUGCCACUCUGCUGCUGAAUGAACAUGUUGGUAUUUUCAUUACAGUGGUUGUUGUUGUCGUGUGAUAGAUGAACCGUUUAUUCAUCAAAAUAUUAAAAAAAAAAAUAACAGAAAAAAAUGAAGCAGAGGGAAAAGUUGCAAUAAGUUUUUUUUUUAAACAAACUCAUCUGAACUCAUUUUUGAUGAUGACGUCAAUAUCAAUGGGUGGAGCAGAAGCCAUAAAAUGAUGAUUUGUGUGUGUUUACUAUAUAUAUAUAUAUAUAUACUAGAGUGAACUAGUCAUUAAAGAACUCUAAUAACAACAUAACGUACGAUAGUAAUGUACAAAUGUAAUGUUGUGCAGCCGUCUAGUGCAAUUUUCUGCCGUGACACGCAGUUCCUUCUCGUUCUUUGUGUCACAAUAUCUCUGUUUUAACUGCAAUAAACUGAUUUUUAUGAUAAUGUACCUUA